AUGGAUUCGCAGCAGCUCGUCGAAACAGCCUCGCAGAACAGUCAGGACAUCGUCCUGCCAAAGCCAGCGAGCAGCACACCGAGACACAGCAUCGACGCGAUCCUUGGACUGGCUAAUAACAAGAGAAGUCACCAAGAAAUGGAGGAUACCGCGCGGGACACCCAGGAAAACGCUGGUGAGAACAGCUGCAACUCCACCGGCGGCGGCAGCGACGAGGAACUCGGGACAGGCUGCGGGGACGAUUUAAACGGGAACGGCGGCAAGAAGAAGCAUCGUCGAAACAGGACGACCUUCACCACUUACCAGCUGCACGAGCUCGAGAGGGCCUUCGAGAAGUCUCAUUAUCCGGACGUGUACUCCAGGGAGGAACUCGCCAUGAAAGUCAAUCUUCCGGAAGUCCGCGUCCAGGUGUGGUUUCAGAACAGGCGAGCAAAAUGGCGCAGGCAGGAGAAGAUGGAGGCAGCGAGACUCGGUCUCAGCGAGUAUCACCACGCUGCCAACAUGAGAAGCGUAGCUGGCCCGGCUCUGGGGUUACCUGGGGAUCCUUGGCUCACUCCUCCGGGUCUGUUAAGCGCCCUUCCUGGCUUCCUGGCUUCACCUCAUUCGGGAUAUCCCAGUUAUCUGACGUCCCCGAGACGACUGCCAUCGCCACCGAACGUCGCCGCCGUUGGAAACGCCGUACCGGGAGCCCUGAGCGCAGGGAUGACGAGCAUAGGAAACGGGGGACACGUUCCUGCGGCGCCGUCAAGUCCACCUGGCCACGAUCCACGCACCACCAGCAUCCAGGCCCUGAGAAUGAGAGCCAAGGAGCACGUCGAAAGCAUCACCAAAGGGUUGCAAAUGGUCUGA